AUGACAACCAAAACCUCAUCACCAGAGAAGCGAAAAUGGUACCAGAUACAAUGGUUCCAACCGCAAGACACGCCUCGCGAGAGGAAACUUAUCAACAAGCUCGAUCUCCUGAUUGUGCCCUACGCCUUUUUGGCAUAUUGGGUCAAGUACAUGGACCAAUCCAACCUCAACAACGCCUACGUCGCCGGCCUGAAAGAAGACCUCGGCUUCCAAGGCAACGAGCUGGUCCAGCUCCAGACAAUGUACAUCAUCGGCGCCGUCCUCGGUCAAAUCCCAUUCAUGUUCCUCUUCACCUACGUCCCCAUGCACUGGGUCAUUCCAUUCCUUGACGUCGCCUGGGGCAUCUUCACUCUCCUGCAGUACAGAGUGACGGGCUUUGCCGAGCUGGCCGCCUACCGGUUCCUCGUCGGGUGGUUCGAGGCGGCCUUCUUCCCGGCCAUGCACUACAUCUUUGGGGCUUGGUACCGGAGUGAUGAGAUCGCUCGGAGAGGUGGUGUUUUCUACCUUGGGCUGACGCUGGGAACGCUCACCGCGGGGCUGAUCCAGGCUGGCGCGAGCCAACGUCUUGAGGGAGUCAAGGGGUUGGCGGGGUGGAGGUGGAUGUAUAUCAUUUGUGCGCUCAUCACCAUUCCGAUUGGCAUCAUUGGGUAUUUUGUUCUCCCCGGGACACCAGACAGGCCGAACGGAUUACUGUUGUCGGAGGAAGAUGUCGCUGUUGCCAAGGAGCGUCUGCAGAGAGAUGGCCACGUCACCGAGGGAAAGUUCUCGUGGAAGGGACUGGCCAAGAUUGCAAAGACGUGGCACUUUUGGGGGUUGAUCUUGUUUGACGUACUCUUCUGGAAUGGAAGCAUAAACACUUCGACCGGUGGCUAUCUUCUCUGGAUCAAGAGUCUGGGGAGGUUCUCCAAGGCGAGGGUGAACGAGCUUGGCACCAUCUCGCCGGCGCUGGGUAUGUUUUACACGGUGGCGAUCUGCUUCGCUUCGGAUUUGGUGUUGGGACCGGCGUGGGCUAUCACGGUGGCUCAUGUCUGGAAUAUCAUUGGUCUGAUCAUUCAGGUUAUCUGGGAGGUGCCGGAGGGUGCGUUGUGGUUUUCCUUCAUGACGACUUACAGCGCUGUGGCUAUGAGUUCGGUAUUGUACGGAUGGGUCAACAGUCAGCUCAAGGCAGCCCCAGCGGAAAGAGCAUUCACGUUGGUUCUUAUCAACACUGUUGCUCAGAGCACUACGGCCUGGACGCCUCUUUUGGUCUUCAAGACGGUUGAGGGACCGAGAUUUACCAAGGGUUACUCUUUCGUUUUGGCCAACGCCGUUUGUUUGAUUGGCAUGGCGCAUGUGUUGAGGAUAUAUCUUGCUAAAAAGGAGUAA